UUUCUGAGACACCAUGAGGAAGGUUCCUCUCAGAAGAAAUUGAAGAAAAAACCAAGGAAGUGGCCAGAUGGGGAAUUUGAGUCUGUCACAAGGAUAGUGUGCUCCAUAGAUCGGCAGGAGAUGAUGCAGCUUUUUGCCAGGGCAAGGAACAAUGGGACACAGAGAGCCCCAGUGACCCAACACCAGGCUAGCUGCUGGGUACUCAGACGACGAGGAAAAAUAUGUGCAUCACCUGCACCGCCGACUUUGCGAGAUAGCAGAGGAAAAAAGUAACACAUUGAAGUUUGGUCGUUACAUUUCAGGAACUUAACCAAAAUACUACUACUAACCUUGUUGGGGGAAAAAGAUGAAUUUCUUGGCAAGUUUUGUGACAUUUCAGAACCUCCAUGAGGUUCGAAGAUUGUGCCACUGGGGCCCAGUCAUAGCCCUGUCUGUCAUUGCUAUAUGCUCCACCAUGGCAAUUCUGGACUCCAUUAUCUGGUACUGGCCGCUAGACACGACAGGAGGCAGCAUUAACUUCAUCAUGCUCCUCAACUGGACUGUUCUCAUCCUCUACAACUACUUCAAUGCUAUGUUUGUUGGACCUGGAUACAUCCCUCUUGGCUGGAAACCACAGGAGAAUCCACAGGAUAUCCAGUACCUACAGUACUGCAGAGUGUGCCAAGGGUACAAGGCCCCCAGAUCCCACCAUUGUCGCAAGUGUAACAGGUGCGUGAUGAAGAUGGACCACCACUGCCCAUGGAUCAACAACUGCUGCGGCCACCUGAACCAUGCCUACUUCACCAGCUUCUUGCUGCUGGCUCCACUGGGCUGCUCACACGCUGCCAUUAUCUUCAUCAUGACCAUGUACACGCAGCUGUAUGAGAGGAUAUCAUUUGGCUGGAGCACUGUGAAGAUUGAUAUGAGUGCUGUGCGUCAGUUCCAGCCCCUCAUGCCAUUCAGUGUGCCAGCCUUUGCUGCCACACUCUUUGCCUUAGGCUUGGCACUUGGCACCACUAUUGCAGUUGGUAUGCUUUUCGUCAUACAGAUGAAAGUCAUCCUUAGAAAUAAGACCUCGAUUGAGUCCUGGAUCGAGGAAAAGGCCAAAGACAGAAUACAGCACUACCAAACAGGGGAGGAAUUUAUCUUCCCUUACGACCUCGGCACCCGCUGGCUGAACUUCAAGCAAGUUUUCACGUGGUCAGGGACGCCCAAGGGUGAUGGCAUCGAAUGGCCAGUCCAUCCCAAGUGUCACCAGCACACCUUAACUAUUGAGCAACUGAAGCAGAAAGCAGAUAAACGAGUGAGAAGUCAGGUCCAGUACCGGGCAGUGGAGGACUAUAACGGAGCUUGCUGCCCUCUGAGCAAAGGUCUCCAAACCUUUUUCAGAACCCCCUGCACUGAGGAGCCCAGGAUCCCCCUCAACAAGGGGGACACCAUCCUGGCCACUCGUGGCACCAAAUGGUGGAUGUAUGGAGACAAAGUUUUGAAUGAGGAAGAUAUGAAAGCAGGAGAGCGUGUAAGAGGAUGGUUUCCAAGGCGAUGUGUGGAGAAGUGCCAUUAUGACACAGCUGCCAGCGAUAGCACCAGCGAUAAGAAAGUAAAUUAAUAUAUUUGAACAGGCUUUAUGUAGAGCUGGGGAGUUAAACUGAACAAAAGGUGUGUGUCCGUGUUCAUAAAUCCACUGAAGAUGUCAUGCCUGAUGCUGCAGGCUCAUCAUCCAGAAUUUUUGAUUACAAUUUUCCUCACAUUUUAGUACCAACUUGAAUUUUUUAAAGGCAACAGUUCACCAAGUCUUAAUGUUCACCUCCCUGUCAAGCUACGUCUUGAAAGAGGACAACAGAGUUCACGAGAGGGACCGGAGCCGUGGGUUCAGUUUGACUCCUCUGAACAAAAGUGAAACCCAGCAAGAGUCUUAAUUUUCCAAUAUUGCCACCAGGCUUUAAUGUGACUUCAUUGUGAUUACAUGACUUUUUACUUGAAUCUGUUGUUUUUACUUGUGUUGAUGUCUGUUUUUUGCUAAUUAUGCAAUGCCUCUGCCAAGCUAACCCCGGGACUUCGUCAUGCAACUCUUUCUACAGUAUGGAGAUAACACUUAAUUUCUUUUUA